CAACUCAAAGGUCGUGCAUAGUACAUAUUAGAGGGGGUGUGCAUAGCCCUGGGAGCCCGUCUACAUCCUAUAGCCUAGUAUCCUCCUCACAUGGUUUUUUUUUUUACCGCAGUGCAUCAGCAGCGUCUCCUGACAUGAGCGACAGGGGUGCAGCUGCACUCAGUGUUUGCGCCGUGUGUCAAAGAAGAGGAUUUAUCUGAGGGACCGAAAUCGGGACGUCGAUUAUUGGGCGUUUUUUUUUCCGCUCAUAUCUGAUGCUUAUAGGGCCUUGGGACGUGAGCGCGGUUUCAUCUGCAAUGUCAACACGACCCGCGCAUCUCUGCUGAGUCGGGGCUCCUAGAUAGGUGGAAGGAUUCGUAUUUUUUUUUUUAUUUUACAUGGAUUUGUUUCUCAAACGGUAACCAUCACUACUACACGGAGGAGACCGCGUUUCGUUUUAACAUUUAUUUGAACUCCUAUCUGGGAGAAAGGGUGGUGUCCUUUGACCGAGAUACCAUCGACACCGUCGGCUUUUGAACAUCCGUGAUCGGAGCAAACCUGAUCUCUUUUUUAGGAGCGAUAAUACCGAUUGCCCUUCAGUGAACAUUUGUAAGGUACAUCAGAUAAUCAGGGACGGCAUGCAAGCAUCCGCUUAAUUAUUCAUGGAGCGGUAGGUGAAUUAAGGAAUGGCUUUUGGAAGACGUAAGAGGGUUUAUAGUGGGAUUUUGUAGGCUACUUGAAUUGAUUACAUAAACCAUUUUUAUAUUAACCGUGUGCGCUCACCAAAACAUGGUGUGUGUGAUGGUAGCUCUCUAAUCUAAGCGACUGUGGUCCCUAGAGCUAUCAUCUAACCGCAGGCCAAGUCAUUGCUGAGAUCGUUAAAUAGGCUAUCGGAGCCCACAAGAUUUCUAAAAUCUCCGGUUAUACCAGAGACUGUGAAGUGCACAUUGGUCCACGUUGCUUACGGGUGAGACGCUACGUUCAUGCACUGCGUUACGCGAUCGGGAGGGUAGGAGGAAUUUUCUAGAGGCGUCUGACGUAGCAGUAUAUGGUACCUCAUGUUCCUGAUGCCGAUGUGAACUUGCUGAGUUGAGUCUAAUGAGAGUCAGGUGCAGGUAGGGAGUCAGGUACAGGUGCUUCCCAAGAUAAUAGGAGUGACGUGAAAAGUAAGAAAUAAGCACAAUCAGUAGUCUACCUCCAACAAGCAGCUUACAGUGGUACCAGUGAGGUGUGCUCCGUUCAGUGGAUGUUGGGAAGGGGAUCGUCGCCGGAGGAACUCUUCUCAAGCUAAAGACUUUCAGCUUUGCUCCCCUUUUUUUGAAACUCCAUCUAUAAUAGAUAGCAAGCCUGUCACUUUUUGAAAAUGGGCCGGAAUAUAGUAUCACUGGAACAAGUCAUCUUCGUGCUGCUAUGCACUCUUGGUGUGGGGAUGUGUCGCGGGGCGUGUGCCGAGGUGGACUCGGACACGGAGGCGGUGGCGGGGAAGGGCUUCAAGCUGGGCUGCAUCUCCUGCAAGCGGAGGAGCGAGGUGGAGGGCUCGGCCACCGUGGACUGGUUCUUCCGGAGCAAGGGGCAGAAGGACUUUGAGCACAUCUACAACUACGACGAGGAGGGCUCCAUAAAGAGCUUCCAGUUCGAGGACCGCCUGGACUGGUUCGGCAGCCGGCAGAGCAACGACAUCCAGGACGCCUCCAUCUUCCUCACCAACGUCACCUUCAACGACUCGGGCACGUACCGCUGCCGCGUCAACCGGCUGCUCACCUACGAGUACUACGAGUACCAGACCAAGAUCUUCAAGGAGGUCAACCUCACCGUGGUGGGCAAAGCCACCAGAGGGACGGCCUCCAUCGUGUCAGAGGUGAUGAUGUACGUGGCCAUCAUCGGGCUGCAGGUGUGGCUGCUCAUCGAGAUGAUUUACUGCUACAGGAAGAUCUCUGCCGCCGGGGAGGAGGCGCUCCGAGAGGCCGCAAAUGCUGAGUAUUUAGCUUUAGCCUCGGAGAGCAAAGACAACUGUGCCGGAGUCCAGGUUGGAGACUAAUACAGACUGCAUCUACUGACUGACCCACCUUGUACUGCUUGGACCAGCAUGGAGGCAUCCAAUCAAACCUCUUUCUUUCUCCCCCGCCACCCUCGAGUCUGUAUCACCCUUUUUUUGUUUUUUUCGUUACGCAGAACACAGAUGGAUGCGAGACUAAAAAGACCACGCAUGGUACCAGCACUGUAUAUUAAUACACACAAAAAUACACAUGAAAGCAUGUACUGCACUUUUACCCCUGAUCAUAAUGCAUUCACAAGCAUCGGUGUCCCUGCGCAUAUACAUUCAAUAUUUCUCUUUCUAUAUUAAAUAUAUACAAGUGUUUGUAGUACUACAUGUAUUUAAACUGUACGUAGUACUAUAAGCGAGGCUGCUUGACUCUGUGAGAUUGGCUGUAAAAGGAAUGUAUUUUGGAGAAUCCAUUGUCACACGGGACGUAUGAAUGCUUCGAUGCUCGCGGGAGAUCGGUAUCAUGAAGACACUUGUGAGUUAGGAUGUCGUAGACUCUCAUAGACCGGCUGUCUUUUCAAGUUCAACAAGUCUUGCUAGAUAUCCAUUCGAUGAAACUUGAUUGUGGACUAAAUAAAUCCGUAAAUACCCUGUG